GCUCCAUUCGUCAACUUGGUUUCAGACAUUCAGACCCUGCCUAGACUCCGAGUCGAGAUUAUAGUUUGUAAAAAUCCGAGGGUAUAUCUCCAGACAGUCCGCUGCACAUUAAAAAGCAACACCAUUCAGUCAUAUCGCAGAUCCCGCUAGUGGCGCGCUACGAUACGCAAUCAGCACCAGCCGCAGCUUCCUGCCAACUCCUCAACACUGCACUCCAGUUGUUUCAUACACACGACCAGCUUCUACCCUUCUCUCCCCGUACCCAUCACCAACAUACUUUUGAAUCAGACGCAGACCGUCAAAGUACUACAUUGCGACAGAAACAGCUAUAAAAGUCUAAAUGUCCGACAACACCCCGCUCCUCGGCGGUACCUCCGAUCGACCGACCUCGAAACGUUCGAAUAGGUCGACUCACUCAAAUGAAUCUCAUGAACAAACACCUCUAUUAUCACGCACAGAUAGUGCUGAUCGAUACGAUGGCUCAGAAGAACAUCCCGCGAACGAUAGACUAGCCUCACCUGCAGCGACUUCUCUACGAUCGUUACAAAAUGGAGGAGGUUCAGUCAAGUCUACGAAGGGCGGUCGUAGAUGGCCAACAGUGGUUGCCGUCAGUCUGCUGGGCUUGAUCGUCAUAGCCAUCAUACUUGGCGUCUUCUUCACACCAGCAGCGGUUGAAGAGUAUGCCAAGCAAGCGUUGGUUAUAGAACCGACGAACUUGUCGAUAGAUUCGUUCACGAAGACCGGUGUGAAGGCCAGAGUGCAGGCAAACUUCAGGAUGGAUGCUUCUAGAGUAAAGAACGAGCAUGUAAGGAAUAUUGGACGCUUUGGAACUUGGAUCGCUCGAUCAGUCGAGAGCCAAGAAUCCAUGGUUGAGGUCUAUUUGCCUGAAUAUGGAAAUGUUCUUGUUGGCACAGCACAGGUGCCAAAGGUGGUUGUUGAUAUUCGAAACGGCCACACUACAGCGAUCGACUUCAUUACAGACCUACAGCCUGGAGACAUUGAAGGCAUUCGACAAGUUGCUAACGACUGGCUGGAGGGACGCUUAGACAAAAUCAGAUUGUUAGGCAAAGCAGAUGUUGCUCUGAAGACUGGUUUGAUUUCUCUUGGAUCUCAGACUAUCGUUGAGUCGCUGGUUUUUGAAGGUCAUGAUCUCCCAGCCAUUCCAGAAUAUAACAUUACUCGAUUAAACUUCAGAGAGGUUCCAAUAUCGACAACCGGUCGUCGUGGAAUGGCCGCAGAUGUUUCGUUGUCUCUUGUGAAUAGUUAUCCGAUCAAGCUUGAGAUUCCACCACUCGGAUUCGAUAUCCUCGUUCCUAAUUGCGGUAUCGAUGAUCCACAAAUCCGCCUUGCUGAUGCCACUACCGGUGCUAUUGACAUCGAGCCCUAUUUAGAUGUGCAUGUCGACGUGGGUGGCAUUGUUCGAGAAUUACCGCAGUCUUUGACUCAAGCCUGCCCUCACUCCCACUCCUCCCCGCUGGAUGCUUUGUUGGGCGAUUACAUCCAUGGCAAGGAUACAACAAUCUAUGUACGAGGCUCGAACGCACCGGACAGCAAUACUCCAGAUUGGAUCAGCAAGAUCAUUCAAAGUGUAACAGUACCUGUGCCUUUUCCAGGCCAUACAUUCGACGGCCUGAUCAAGAACUUCUCUUUGACGGACACGGAGUUCAGUCUCCCGGAUCCGUUCGCUGAUCCUGGUUCCGAUGGAGCAAACCCUAAGAUCUCAGGAACAAUUGCAAUUACAACAAUGGUCCCAAAAGAGAUGAACUUCGGACUCAAUGUGAGCCGAGUCCGAGCAAAGGCAGACGUUUCAUACAAAGGAGCCAAAUUGGGCGUCCUUAACUUGGAGAAGUGGCAAUCAGCUCAGUCGGAACGAAUGGAAGAGGACAAUUCUUUGAAAAUCGAAUCCCGAAUUAAGGAAGCUCCUUUGAACAUUACCGAUGAUGAUGUAUUCACGGAUGUUGUCCAAGCGCUCUUGUUCGGCGGGAAAACAGUCAUGCUCAAGGUCCAGGCUGUCGUCGAGGUUGAGAUUUCCACCGUUCUUGGAAAGCUUGUCAUCAAGGACCUUCCUGCUGAGGGAAAUGUUCCCGUAAAACCGAUCUCUACAGGCAAAGACUUCAGUUCACUGAAGCCUUCGGUAGGCGACCUGAAAGUUCUGAGUACAAGCAGGACAUCCCUCCACCUCCAAGCACAUGUCAACUUUACGAAUCCCACAGAAUACACAGCCAAAAUCCCGUACAUCAACAUACACAUUCUCAACAAUGGCUCUGUUAUUGGUGAUGCAACUGCACGAAACAUUACUGUUGGUCGCGGCAAUAACACCAACCUCCUUGUCCAGGCGACAUGGGACCCUACCACUUUUGGAGGGGAAAACGCGACGAAGAUAGGCCGAGAACUAUUGUCCCAAUACAUCUCAGGCUUCAACACUACUUUGACCUUCCAAACGCACUCCGGCUCUAUUCCUUUCCGACCCGACAUUGGAGAGGCCUUAAGCAAAUUUGCGUUCGAAAUUCCCACUCCCAGACUAUCAACCCCGGGUACGGGCGGUGAUGGUGAUGGCGAUCACAAGCCUCACUUCAUUGACGAUGCAACUUUUCAUUUAUUUUCUUCCACCGCUACUUUCACACUCAUUUCGCCCUUGCAAUACAGCAUUAUUUUCAUUGAAAGCAUUAAUGCAACUGCUCUUUACAACCACACCGAACCAAUAGGUACGAUUGAUUACGACCUACCUUUCAGUGUCCCUCCAGGAUCCAGUCAAUCUCCACGAUUGCCGGUUGACUGGUCUUUGGACAGUGUUGGUUACGAAAAGCUGCAGAAGGCUUUGGGUGGCACGCUCAAAUUAGACGCAAAAGGGACCGUUGGCAUUAGACUUGGGGAAUGGACGGAGACGGUUUGGUAUGUCGGGUCUGGAAUUGGCGCAAGAGUUUCUUUUUGA